UAAGGCUCAGUUGCUCAGCGGUUGCUCAUUCUGUAGCUUACCUAUAGAUGUUCUUUUAACACAUAUACACAUUUUGUGUAUAUAUUACGGCAAAUGGAUAUCGUACAUUUUAACAUUUAUCAAUACGUUGUGCUUGGGUUGCGUCACGUUUUAGGUCGGAGAGGAAUCACCGCUAUAAAUCCCACUGCAAGACUCGACACUGCAGUGAUGGAUGCUGCUAGCAGUGACAUCUUGGCAAUAACGGGUAGGCAAUACAUGGAUGAACUUUGGCGGUGGAUGGACGCUGUGGUUCACGCUGUGGUUUACGAGUAUCUGCCGUACCUCGCUGACACUGUGAGGUAUGCCUACGACAACUGUGAAGACGUCAUCAUGUCUGUGAUGAGCCUCAUUAUAACAGUGAUUAUGUGGUUAAGCUUCUUGUACUUAAGCUUUAACAUCUGUUGCUUCAUCAUAACGCGUCACUGGGCUAGACGCAAUUCUUGAUAAGAUGGAAUAUUGGCAAAUAAGAAUUGGACUUCUGCAUUUUAGGACCUCGACUACUUGGACGAAUUACCUUCACACAACGGUUUGUUCAUGUGGGAGAAGAUUUCUGCCAGUAGUUUUAAGUUGACUCGCUAAAUGUAGCAAAGAUUUAAUUUUAAUUAACCCCUCCUCCCUCCCCCCCUAUUUUCUCGAAGACGCUUCCAAUGCACUUUUAAAAAUGUUUCAUCUGUACUUUGUUUUACUUGUUGCGUAUUGAUCAUUAUCUGAAUAAUGGGAUUAAAAAUGGUCUGAAAUGUCCAUAACCACAAAUAUUUAUGUAAUUUUUACUGUUUUAAAGAUUUUUUUUAAGCGUCCCCUCUCUUCUCCCUUUUUUACCAUUUUUUUCAUAAUGACAAAUCUAUUAUAACCUUUUAAUCGAAUUUGUAUACAGAGUCAGAGUUGGCGAGUGCAUUUUGUGACCUUAAAUUACAAUAAGGUGA